AUGGCAAAACAGAUCUACGAUGAGAAGAGAUGUUCGGUUAAUCCGCCCACAAUUCACACCACGAGACGUCGAUCAAAACCUGGCCAGGCUAAACACGAACAGAAAAUGCAGCUGGACGAGGAGGAUUCCGACAGCCUCGAGGUCAGCACAGAUCCUAAAGGUCAAAGGACUUGGAAGAAUGGUGUGUCAAAAAAAGACGAUCUGGUGACAUUCAAAAUGUAUCUUGAUUUCACCCGUGCUAUCACAGCCCUCCUUGCGCAUCAGAUAUUGGCCAUCAAUCGGGCUGAGGAACGAGGCGUCAUCUCGGUGAAAAUGACCAUUCACCCGAUAGCCGAGAAGCAAACAAGACAGUUUAUGCUGGAGAAGUAUUUUGGCGGGGUGAACCGUGCACACUGGGAUUUCGUUCACGGCUGUUUUUCAGAUAGUUGGAAGCGUCUUAUCGAACCGCAUCUGGUACGCACGCUGAGGUCAAAACUGACCACCAAGGCUCAAGAUACAUCACUCGAAGUAUUUACGGAUAAUUUUCGUCGCCUUCUGAUGACUGCCCCUCUUCGGGCCACCACCACCAGUCCACAGUUGCAAACGGAACCCGAUGUUAUAUCUUCAACUGCUGGCGCUCCGGGUGAUCGACUUCCCGUCGUGGGUCUUGAUCCGGGCUGGGCACACGGUUGCAAGUGGGCUGCAUGCGAUCCACAUGGGGCAGUACUGUCUACUGGAAUUCUCUGGCCUCCCAUUCGUUCUAAUCAGCCACUGGAACGUCGAGGUCUGAUUCACCAGUCCCGAAACUCCGGGCAGGGUGAUGGUUUAGCCCAUUUAACAACGGUCAUGCGGACGCACAAGUAA